GAGAUGGAGAGACUGCUGGAGGAAAAUGAGGAUCUCAAGUGUGAGAUUGAAGAGAUGAGGACCGAGAUGGACGAGAUGAGAGACACUUUCUAUGAAGAAGACACUUGUCAGCUGCAGGAGAUGAGGCGUGAGCUAGAGAGAGCCAAUAAAAACUGCCGGAUCCUGCAGUAUCGUCUGCGGAAGGCUGAGAGGAAGAGACUGCGCUACGCCCAGACGGGAGAGAUCGAUGAGGAGCUGCUCAGGAGUCUGGAGCAGGACCUGAAGGUAGCGAAAGAUGUGUCUGUGAGGCUGCACCAUGAGCUGGAAAAAGUGGAGGAGAAACGCACAAAGACAGAAGAGGAGAAUGAAAAACUGAGACAAAAACUCAUAGAGGUGGAGGUGACCAAACAAGCUCUGCAGAACGAAUUAGACAAAACCAAAGAGUCUCAGAAGAGAAGAGGAAGCAAGGAUAUCCAGAAGACAGACAAGAAAGCAGCACAGACUCCUACUGAGGAGGACAAUGAGGACCUUAAAUGCCAGCUAGCAUUUAUAAAAGAGGAGGCCGUGCUUAUGAGAAAGAAGACGGCCAAGAUUGACAAAGAGAAGGACCGACUAGAGCAAGAGCUGCAGAAGUACCGCUCCUUCUAUGGAGAACUGGACAGCACCCAUCCUAAAGGAGAGGCUGGGGGGCCACCCACCACCCGCGAGUCAGAACUGAAGCUGCGGCUCCGCUUGGUGGAAGAGGAGGCCAACAUCCUGGGGAGGAAGAUAGUUGAGUUGGAGGUUGAAAACCGAGGCCUGAGGGCCGAGCUUGAUGACCUCCGAGGUGAAGGAGAAGGAGCUGGAAGCUCUGGGUGUGGAGGAAUGGGUGGGCCGGGCACGGGGCGAGGACUCGGGGACGAUCUGACGGAGCUCCGACAGCAGCUGCAGCUGGUAGAGGACGAGGCAGAGCUUCUUAGGAGGAACCUAGCUGAUGCUGAAGAACAGAACAAGAGGGUGACCGCAGAGCUGAACAAGUUACGGUUCAAAGCCGGCACCCACGAGGGAGGUGCUAGGCAUGGAGGAGGAGGAGUCACAGGAGGUGCAGGGAUUGAUGGAGCAAAGGCAGAGGCCCUGCAGGAGGAGCUGAAGGCAGCAAGGCUACAGAUUAAUGACCUAAGUGGAAAGGUAAUGCAGCUGCAGUACGAGAACCGUGUGCUCCUCUCCAACAUGCAGCGUUAUGACCUGGCCUCCCAUCUCUCCCUGCGGCCCAGCCCACGGGACAGCGAUGCAGAGAGCGAUGCCGGUGGUGCGACAAGUGGCCGUCGCGAGAGCGACGAAGACUCCACCUCUUCCCGCCUCGUCCCACCUCACCGCAAACGCGAGGGCCCUGUCGGCGGGGAAAGUGACUCAGACGAGGUCAGAAACAAUAAUGGCAACAGCCGCUGCCUGACGCCCACACGGAGCCUCUACACCCCCACCGGACCCGAGGGCUGCAGCCUGCGCGACAGGCAACAAAUGAUUGACAUCCGUGUGGAAGCGGAGAGGCUUGUUCGGACCAUCGACCGGCUCAUCGCUGACACGGCCACCAUCAUCUCAGAGGCCAUGGUCUAUGUUUCCAAUGGCGACCUGAUGCUUGGGAGAGGAGGGGAGGACGGUGGAGAGGAUGAUGGGAGCAGGAUCAGGGAACAUGAGCUGCUGUAUCGAAUUAACGCCCAGAUGAAGGCCUUCAGAAAAGAGCUGCAGGCCUUUAUAGACAGACUGGAAGUGCCGAGGCUGGAGGACAGAGAGUCAGAGGAGCCACUUUCGGUGAGAGAAAGAAUGUUCCAGCCCAUCAUUUUGCUCAUCCUCAUCCUCGUGUUGUUCUCAUCCCUCUCUUAUGCCACCAUCUUUAAACUAGUCUUUCUUUUUACUCUCUUCUUUGUUCUGUGA